AUGAACGAGUGCGAGCUCACAGAGCAAAACAGAAAUCACUAGACAUAUUCAUUUACUUCUUUUAUUUUAUUCUGUUUUGUGGUCGGCUUCUCCAUUAAUAUUAAGGUGAAAUGUCUUCAGAAGAGUCAAUGUGCUCAAUUUGUAAUGUGAGAGAGAGUUCCGGCUUCAGCUAUGGGGUGUUGUGUUGCGGAGCCUGCAAGAUGUUUUUCCGACGAGCUCUGUUCGUAAAGAAUAUCGAUACCUGCCGUCAAAAAGGCGAAUGCAUAAAAAAAUGUCGCUAUUGCCGAUUCCAAAAAUGCAUUCAAGCCGGAAUGUCCUACACACCAACUGAGAAUCUAUUGGAGCUCAAGAACAAUGACUCGCUGUCAGCGUUCAUAUUCAAUUUGGCUCAUCAAGACGAGCUCCGAAAGUAUCAAUUGAUGAAUUGCCGGUAUGAUGGAGAUCCGACUGUUGCAGAGAUCGCCGAGCACAAUACUCCGUUAAAUUUCACAAAAAAGCCCGACGACUUUCCGAUGAAUCUCGGAGAAUGGAUUUUCAUCACUGGGCUCACUUCGUUAAACUACCUCAAAAAAUUCAAUCAUGUCAAUAUGCUAAACGCCUCGGAUCGGCAUUUUCUUCUCAAAUACUCAUUUUUCGAUAUGUCAAUUUUUACGGAUUCAAUGAGAGCUUGUGAAAAAGGAGAAGGAGUCAUAACUUUUCCUGAUGGAACGGAGGUGAUUAGAGCAGAAGUUCCAGGGUUGGAGCAGAAGUUUUUAAAUGGUAUCAGGUGUCGAUUAGCGGCAAGAGUUAAUGAGUUGAAAGUGACAAAAGAGGAGUUCCUGUUGCUGUCUGCAGUAUUUUUCUGCAAUCCUGGCCUUCCUGGGAUAUCAGAAAGUGGCCGAGGCAUACUGUCCACGUAUCAGAAGAUCUACACCUCAGCCCUUCUCCAAUACUGCCUAUUGACCUAUCAACAAACGGGACCGACCAGAUUCACAGAUCUACUAUCAGUGCUUCAAGUUGUCACUAAAACUCGUCAAGAUAUAUCGUACCUGUUCAUUCUUAACUCAAUCCGUGGGCCACCUUCUGCACUGAAGAAGAUCUUUAUUUUCCGAUAGGCAUCCUGUUUUUUGACAGAAUAAAUGAUUGUUUAUCACA